AUGGCCUCUAGGCUUAAGUCUAACCACCAGUCCACCCAAGAAUCUCGAUUUCCGCCCAUUCACUCAGCUGCCCCCCUGCCCACGGACGGAAACGACUUCUCUAGGCUCACUCCUACUACGCUCCCCGUCGACGAGGAAUUGACCGCUGCAGUGCUUCGCUUAGGCAUGGAGAGAGGGUACUCCCUUUCUCCCAUGUACAACUUGAUUCUCGAGUAUAAUCUAGAGAAGGGGAGUAGCUUAUCUACUGCAAUGGAAGUGUCAUGGAUUUUAUUGCAUCCUAAUCUCAACCCUGCGGAUAUUACUCGUAAGACUGGAGAAGGAGUUGAUCCCUACACUUCUAUAUGUGUCCAGGAAGAUCGGCUCGCUCGUAUCCUUCGCGCCGUUAACGAACUACAAACAUUCCUCAAUCGAAUGGCCGAACUCAUAGAAGAGAGAUCACGAGUGUAUUGCAUCGAUCCCGAAGACGCCAUGACUACCGCUCUAAGAGGGUGUGAGAGUAGAUCGCAACUGGAUAUGGCCUAUAAGAUCUUAGUCAAACGACUUCAAGUAGCACAACAGACAGUGAUGAAAUACAAGGCUGAGUAUCAAGGGAACAAAGUUCCCCUAUCUCCCGUCUCGACAGCUCCAGAGUUAUACAGCGACUUCGAGGAGAGAUCACGAGUGUAUUGCAUCGAUCCCGAAGACGCCAUGACUACCGCUCUAAGAGGGUGUGAGAGUAGAUCGCAACUGGAUAUGGCCUAUAAGAUCUUAGUCAAACGACUUCAAGUAGCACAACAGACAGUGAUGAAAUACAAGGCUGAGUAUCAAGGGAACAAAGUUCCCCUAUCUCCCGUCUCGACAGCUCCAGAGUUAUACAGCGACUUCGAGAGGAUUGGAAGCGUGGAUGGCCGUAUGAGAUACUUGCUGGAGAACAUCCCGCACCACCAAAGUCAGCUUACGCCCAGUGCGCGACAAGCUGUCAGAGAUGGUGCGUUGACAUGGGACGAACCUGUAAAAGAAAGAACGCCCAUCCCUCAACAAGAUAGCGACCAUAAUCCUGCAGAGGUUAAGAAGAAAGUUGACUGGGAUGACGAUAUCUCACCUUGGCCGGAUAAUAACCCAAGCGUAGAACAAGGCCGUGACCGGUCCCAAGGGCUAGAACCGUCGUUCGGAUUCCAAACGCCUUUCAGAACAGGUAAACAGUUCCUAGAACGGACAGAUAACUCCAACUCCGGCGUGUUUUUCUCGACCCCCACCUAUAACGCCAAUCCAGACGUAACGGUUGGCCUCGCCACUCCUUCCCGCUCGAACCUUGGAGAUAACGUUAGAGAAGCUAUGAACGUAGCUCAGAGUCAAACACACACUUCAAACAUUAUCACGAACCAAGUCUCGCACACUUGGACAGGUCCUGCUUCCACCUCGCUCACCAUAUCGCAAGCGAACAACAAGCCGAAUGCUAAUCCAGGAGGAGGAGGUUCCACAAGUGGCUACCACCUUUAUCAUAAAACUAAGGCACUUGCCUGUAGAGCUUUUUAUGAAAGGCCUUUCAUAGGUAUUUCAUUCACUGGGUUAGGUGUAUUCAUUGCCUUUUUCAUAAUUAAUGGAAUUUUGGGCGCUUUCAUUGCUUUUUUCAUAAUUAAUCCUGUGUGA